GCUGCAUUUGCUCCCGAAGAAGUCGCACGUACUCGGAAGCUGUCCUUGCAGACUUCAAUUCGAGGGAUAAAAAGGACGGCGAUGAAAGCACCCCUGAUGAGUAUAUUGCUUGUUUCUAUGGUAUCACCGUUCAUGGGAUCUUGCCCGGAGAAUACAGGUCCAGUGAUAUGCCAUGGAGCUGCCUUCGUUCCACAAGUAUACUGUAAUGAUGCCGAUCCCGAAAACUGGCCGUGCAAAAGGCAGCGAAAUAUAAGGUGUGGUUGCCUAGCUGGGUACGCCCGUACAAAGAACGGGGCAUGUGUGCGAGUAACAGAGUGCGAUAUUACAAAUGAUGUUCGAUUGCUAUAUCCAUACGUAACAAACGAUCAAUCAGAACGCAAUCGGAAAGGCCCAUAUGUACAAGGAACUGAAAGUGAACUCACCGAGCUUGGGAAAACAGUUUUAAAUUUGCUUCGAACUGCACCCACUAUGUAUCUGGUGCAAAUUGCAAGACAGGUAGAGAUUAAUAAGCGAUGUCUCUGCCUCAAAUCUGAAUUUGCUGCGAACCCACCUAAUGGAGUGGAGCGCACACUGGAGUGUUACUACAAAGUGCCUUCACGAGCUGGUUUUGGAUCUAGUGCACGUGUGCGGACGCCAUGACAUCGCUCUACUAACAUUAUUUCACAACAUUUCUAAUGAGGCCAUAAUAUCUCGAAAGCAACAUGCUGAUUUCAAGGUCCACAAGAGCGGCAGUGAUACCAUUAUUGCUGUGAAAUUAGCCCCACUCCCUGCUGAGGUGACACACGUGAACCAGAAAUCAUUAUGCUUCGGUGGAGAAUUCACUGUCCUUGAAGCUCAUCAUGAUUGCCUACUUACGGCACUUGAGAAAGGAACUGGUGGGCGCCGUCUCUGCGUAUUGUGGAAUUCCAAUUUCACUGUACCAGGUGAAGAAAGCAGAUGUUUUGUCAAGGCCCUUUCAUCGUGCACAAACGAUAUGCUGUAUCUUACGGAACACAAGCAUGAGUGCGAGGCAUAUGAUGCUUCAGAAAAAUAUCAAGAAAUGAAAGCAAAUGAGGAAUUGUUAAAGAAACACAGUGACGCAUAAGAUCCAUGGAGUUUCUUUCUCUACCAUAGAGUAAAUAAAUCAAAAUAUUGAUAGUAUUCUGUCUACAGAUUUGUCGAAAUAAAUACGCCAG